CAAUGCUAAAAACUUAAAUGACUGGUUAACUUUAUACAUUUCUUUUCAAUUCUACGACCACCCACAAGCCACAAACUGAUGUGUUACGGCAAAACCUCCACUGUCCUAUAUCAUGUCUCUAUUAACCUCAAAAUUUCACUGACUAAUUUUUAUCACUUCACCAUUCCAAUGUUCACUCUCUCUCUACUUUCUCUCUCUAAAAAACUGACAUAGAAAAACAAACACCACCUAACCUUGUUGCUUCCUCUUCCAUCAGCAUGCUACUAGUUCCUCCCAAACCCAUCAACACGAUCACAAUCACCAUCAUGCUAGCCUUCACCUUCUUCCUCAUCUUCUUCUCCUCCGGUUUCCUCCAUUUCCCUUCCGUUUCACCUUCUCUCCCACCCAUCCACCACUCCUUUACGCUCCCUUCCAUCAAUUCCUCUUCCGACCCCUUCACCGAUCUGCUUUCUUCCUUCAGGAAAUGGGAUUCGCGAGUGGGUUGUGCUAAAUUCAGAGAGAAAACAAAUGGGGUUGUGUUGAAUCACUCAAAGGUUGUUUCUUUGCAAGAGUUUGGUGGUGGGUGUGGGGGGUUUGAACUUAAUCAUGUUAGUGUUUUGGUUAAAGGGUGGACUUGGAUUCCUGAUAAUUUGGAUAAUUUGUAUUCUUGUCGUUGUGGGUUGAGCUGUUUGUGGACCAAAUCGAAUGUUCUUGCUGAUAAACCUGAUGCUUUGUUGUUUGAAACUUCUACGCCUCCAAUUCAGAGACGUGUGGGAGAACCGCUUCGUGCGUACAUGGAUCUCGAACCUGGUCGAAAGAGAUCAGGCCGAGAGGAUAUAUACAUUAGUUACCACGCUGAAGAUGAUGUACAGUCAACCUAUGCCGGUUCCCUGUUUCACAAUGGACGAAACUAUCACGUCUCUAAUACUAAAAACAGUGAUAUACUUGUUUAUUGGUCUUCUUCGCGGUGUCUUCCUCAAAGAAAUGAACUUGCCAAGAAACUCCUCGGCUUGUUACCUAGCCAUUCAUUUGGCAAGUGCCUAAACAAUGUCGGUGGUCUAGACAUGGCUCUUUCGUUCUUUCCGAAAUGUGAAAACGAUGCAAAUACUAAACCAAAAUGGUGGGAUCAUUUACAUUGUGCCAUGUCUCAUUACAAGUUUGUUCUUGCAAUCGAGAACACUUUCACCGAGAGUUACGUGACAGAGAAGUUAUAUUAUGCAUUGGACUCGGGUGCUGUUCCUAUAUAUUUUGGUGCACCAAAUGUCAUGGAUUUUGUUCCUCCACAUUCAAUAAUUGAUGGUAGAGAAUUCAAAUCAUUGGAAGAACUGGCUACAUACGUAAAGGCUGUAGCUAAUGACCCAAUAGCCUAUGCAGAAUACCAUGCAUGGAGAAGGUGUGGUGUAAUGGGUAACUAUGCGAAAACACGAUCUAUGAGCCUUGACACAUUGCCAUGCCGGUUAUGUGAGGCUGUUAGCAGAAAAGGUGGAAGAAAUGCUAGAAGCUAGCUAGGGUGAAUCGUGUUAUUGAUGGCUCUGCUUGACAGAGAUAGAAAAGAUUGAGUUUAUUACUUGUAUAGACGCAAACUGCUUGUUUCGCAAUUGAUGAAGAAAGGUAACAAAAACUUAGUAUAGCAAUAGAAAUAGAACGUGAAGAAGCUGAGUUCAUAUUUGAUAAAUAUCUUACGGGUCAUUCAUUCGAUUGUCUUUAUUUUUUGGGUACUUUUCUCUGUAGACAAAAUGUGGUGAUAUAAAAGUGUAGUUAGUUGUUGUUUA